AUCUUUGCAAAGUUUGUUUCUGAACAGACAGUAGAUUUUGAGAUUCUUGUGGUUAUUAAUUUUUGAAACCAUCGUUCACAAAGUGAAAGUAACGUUUAUAUUGCUGAAGCUCAAAGAGUGAAAAUGGGUUCACUAUCUGAAGAUGAUAUUUCUUGUCCCGUGUGUUGUGAAAUCUUCAACGCUCCUGUUCUUCUGUCAUGUAGUCACAGUGUCUGUAAAGAGUGUCUUCAACAGUUCUGGAGAAUCAAGGAAAUUCAGGAGUGUCCUGUCUGCAGGAGAAGAUCCUCAAAAGAUCGUCUUCCAUUAAAUCUUGCAUUAAAGAACUUGUGUGAGUCGUUCCUGAAGGAGAGAAAUGAGAAGAGUUGUUCAUCAGUGUCUGAGGAGCUCUGCAGUUUACACAGUGAGAAACUCAAACUCUUCUGUCUGGAGGACAACCAGCCUGUGUGUUUAGUGUGCAGAGAUUCACAGAAACACCUCAAUCACACAUUCAGACCCAUCGGUGAAGUUGUUCCAGCUUUUAAGGAGGAGCUUAAUACAGCACUGAAGUCCUUACAAGAGAAACUUAAACACAAUAAAAACAUUAAAGAAGAGUUUGAGAAAACAGUUCAACACAUCAAGUCUCACGCUGAGCACACAGAGCAUCAGAUUAAACAGCAGUUUGAGAAGCUUCAUCAGUUUCUCAGAGAUGAAGAAGAAGCUACAAUCACUGCACUGAGGGAGGAAGAGGAGCAGAAGAAGCAGAUGAUGAAGGAGAAGCUGGAGGAGAUGAACAGACACAUCUCAGAUCUUUCACACACAAUCAAAGACAUGGAGGAGAUGAUGAAAGCCAAUGACGUCUGCUUUCUGAAGGAGUUUCCAGUCUCAAUGGAAAGAGUCCAGAUCUCACAGCCGGAUCCACAGAUGGCUUCUGGAGCUUUGAUUCAUGUGCCACGAUACUUGGGCAACCUGCCGUUCAGAGUCUGGAAGAAGAUGCAGGACAUCGUCCAAAACACUCCUGUGAUUCUGGAUCCAAACACUGCAAAUCCAUUUCUCAUCCUGUCUGAUGAUCUGACCAGUGUGAGAUGGAGCGAGAACAAACAACCUCUUCCUGAUAAUCCAGAGAGAUUUGACUGGUAUCACUGUGUUCUGGGUUCAGAGGGUUUUAACUCAGGAACACACAGCUGGGAUGUGGAGGUCAAAGAGAGUUCAUACUGGUGUCUUGGAGUAACUACAGCAUCAAACCAGAGGAAGAGACGUGUUUUCUUUAACACUGAUGUCUGGUGUGGACGGUACGGACUGUCUGGGUCUGGUUUUCCUGUUGAACAGGAUCUUGAGCGUGUGAGAGUUGAUCUGGACUAUGACAGAGGAACGGUGUCAUUCUCUGAUCCUGUAACUAACACACAUCUACACACAUUCACAACCACCUUCACUGACACACUCCUUCCAUUCUUCUGUUGUUCUUCCUCUUUAAGGAUCUUACCGGUCAAAAGUCAGUAAAAGUUUCACCUGUAGGUCUGGAUUGAGUUUCUUUCAUCUUUUACACUCAUCAUGUUUCCAAUAUUUGUAUGUGUAAA